CGACCAAUGCGAAACAGGCUAGUCAAGGUCGGUCGCGGGACGAACUCACUCAAGUCUAUCGAAAGGCCGUAACGAAACCCAGGUCGCAAUGUAUGAGCACCUCGCAUCCUUCUCCGGCGGCCCACCAAAUGACUACCAUCUCGGCCUGUACUCGACAUGGGCCGAUUCAUCGUCACCAUGGGGCAUGGUCAUGACCGGGAACGUGCAGGUCGCUCGCGGACACCAGACGCUGGGGCGGGACAUGCUCGUACCUGUUCAGUUAACAGACGACGCGGUAGCACCGUAUGCGAGGCUUGCUCGCGCGAUACACGGCUUGGACUCUGGGAUAUCCUCGACGGACGCCAACCCUGAUGGUACCGGCAACGGAACCCUUGCUAUCAUGCAGCUGUCUCAUGCUGGUCGACAGUCACCGAACAUUAUCGGAGGGCGAGGGUUCUUUGAGUCUCCAUUAUCCGCAAGUUCCAUACGUGUUGGUACCUCGAAGCGUCGGCGCCAGUCAGGACAUGCUUCCUACUUGCUAAACGAUCUUAUCGCCAACUUUUCUUACUGGCUCCUGUUCCAAAAGCCUCGCGAAAUGAGCAUCGCAGACAUUGAUGAACUCGUGCAGCAGUUUAUUAACGGCGCCAUCUUGGCGACGCGAUCUGGUUUUGACGGCGUGCAGAUUCAUGCAGCACAUGGCUACUUACUUUCUCAGUUCCUGUCUUCCAAAACCAACAAGCGACACGAUGCCUACUCAGCGUCCCCGGAAACCGUGCUCAAUUUACUCCAAAGACUCGUCACUGGCAUCCGCGCUGUCACUCCCAAAAACUUUAUCCUCGGUAUCAAGAUCAAUUCUGCAGAUUACAUGGACAGCGAUGACGCUGGCACUCAAGGUCAUUCCCAAAAAGAAGUCGAAGCGGAACAAGAAAAGCGUGCGUUGGAUCAUGUUCGAGCGUUGGCAUCGUGGGGCACCUUGGAUUUCAUCGAAAUCAGCGGUGGUGACUACGAGAAUCCAGACUUCAUGGAGUCCUCGCUACCCCCAACCAAGUCAAGACGACAAGCAUUCUUCUCCAGCUUCUCACGCCUCGCCGUCCAGACCAUAGCCUCUCUCCCCACCCCGCAACAACAAAGGCCCCUCAUCCUCCUCACCGGCGGCCUGCGCACCCCCGCCGCGCUCUCCUCCGCGCUUACCGCCGGCCACGCAGACCUGCUCGGCAUAGGCAGAGGCGCGAUCCUCUGCCCGCACCUCCCCGCGCUCCUUGCAUCCGGAGCAGCCGCAGCCGCAGAACCCGACCUGCCGCUCGGCCGCGACCCCGACCUGCGCACGGGCGCCUCCCCGCUCGAGAACGCCGUCUCUGCGCUGACGGCGAACGUGAAGCUCAUCGGCGCCGGGUUCGACAUGGCGUGGUACGUCGUGAAUAUCCGGCGGAUGGCGCUAGCGGGGAUGCGAGGGAGCAGAACCAACGGCACGAGUGAGAGCGACGACGAGCAUGGUGCGGGGCGCGGGCAGAUACCGGAUUACGAGUUAAGCAGGAUGGGAGCGCUGCUCGACAUGUGGUGUUGGACAGCACCGGGUGACGACUGGGCAUGGAAAUUCUGGGCGACGGGUCUGGGAUGUGCUGUUCUCUUGCUAGCUUUCGCCAUGGUGUCAUACGCACGCUAAAUCAUAUUUUUUGUGAUACUGGCCUUCUUCCGGUGGAAAUAUCACUUGCAAUCGGACGAGACAUUCAUGGGGGAAAGGUAUCGCAUUUGUCAUUUCCGUGAGUGUAAUCCUACUUGAGAAUAUAAAUACAGCGGGGUCGUCACAGCAAUAUAUACAAAAGGCGAAAGUGAAACAGCACAUAAAAAGCAGGGUGGAUAAAGUAAGUCGUAGCUGUAGAGGCGAGUUAAAAAGUGGUAUUCGUGAAGUAAAGGUUAUAAGUGCCGAAAACAGUCAAUCAUAAUGCGUAACAGUCAUUCAAGAAGGUUGUCUAGUCCGAAACGCAAACAAAUAAUCGGUGGCAAAGAUAUCGGUACAAAGCCCUAAGCAACCGGGACCCCUGGUCAUGAAAAAGAAAAGGAAGGAAGAGAAAAAGCGGAGUUGUGAUCGAUUGAUCAACGGUGUAUCCAAAAUAAAUAAAAAGGAAUAUCAUAUGCAAGGUCGUUCAAACAGUGAUCGUAAGUGUGCCUGGUUUGUCUGCCGAGGUCGAAGUCUUAAAGCCGAAU